AUGGCACAACAGUACGCCAAAGCCCAGUCGGAAAACUUUAGCAACUACAUCAAGAAUGUUGUUGUUGUCGGGGCUACUGGAAAUAUCGGCAAAAACAUCACCGAGAGUCUGAUUGGAACCGAGAAGCACGUCGUGACAGCCAUUACACGUGUUGGGAGUACCAGUCAGCCACCAAGCGGUGUUUUGGUCGCGCAUGUCGACUACAAUGACGAGUCUUCUCUUGUUGCUGCCUUGAAGGGCCAGGAAUUCUUGAUCAUCUGCUUGUCCUUGAGCGCUCCACCUGACACACACGGAAAGUUGGUCAAAGCAGCUGCCAAGGCAGGCGUCCCCUACGUUAUGCCGAAUGCGUAUGGCAUCGACUUCUACGGCAAAGAGGGGCUACGAAAGGACAUCCCUAUCGGGAGCAAAAUCCUUGACAAUACCGCACAAGUGGAGGAACUGGGUAUGACCUGGGUCGCACUCACAAAUGGCUUCUGGUACGAAUACAGCCUGGGUCUCGGGCCUGAGUUGUUUGGGGUUGAUGUCAAGAACCGCAAGGUUACGCUCUACGACGACGGCUGUACCCAUAUCAAUACAUCCACCAUGAAGCAAUGUGGCCGCGCGGUGGCUUCGCUGCUAAGUCUCAAGAAGCUUCCCAUCGACGAGAAUGAUCAGUCGGUGACCAUCUCGCGGUUCGCCAACAAGCCCUUGUACAUUUCAAGCUUCUUGGUGUCUCAGAGGGACAUAUUUGAUAGUGUGAAGAGAGUGACAGGGACGAGUGAAGAGGACUGGCAAGUUGCAUAUCAGCCAGCCAAGGAGCGUUAUCAAGAAGGUCUUGCGGAACUUGAACAAGGCAACCAAUUGGGCUUCUACAAGGCGAUGUAUGCCCGCACCUUCUAUCGAAAUGGCGAUGGCACCUUCGAAACUGUCAAUGAUGACCUGGGAUUGCCGAAUGAGGACUUGGAUGAAGCCACCUCAUUGGCAGUCCAUAGAGGGGAUAAGGACUCGUAG